AUGGAGAUCCCUGAUAUCGUGAGCCAUGAUUCAGAUGGCUCGGGCUCCUCGGACGAAUUUCCCUCUCAGUAUCCGCUGAGAGGAAACUCAACCUUUGGGGAGACCUUCAUCGACGGGUCUCAGGUGCAGACACCGGCCACCACAAUCACCUCAUCGCCUCCGUCACUCGCCACUAGUUUGGGAGGAUCAUGGUGCAGCACUCCCACAAGCCGUCCUCGGGGAACGAGCGUUGGGCCAGCCUCGGUGGUCUUGGACAAAGUCGAUACCCAUGGCAUGCCGGGAGAAUUGCGACCACAACGACCCUCCGCUCCAGCGAGAACACCCUCGAACACAUACGCCCCCCAACGUCGUCCACCUCAAUACAUCAGUCUGCAGAACGACCGGCAACGGUCGUCGUCAACGAAGAGAGGUGCCCGGCGUGAUCCCAACGCACAGUAUCGCGCCCAGGAGAAGGCCUACGUGCAACGGAUUCGGGCCAAUCCCCAGGCUUGGUAUCACCACUUCGACGACAUGCAGCCUCCCAACGCGAUGCCCGGUGAUGCUGAUCUCGAAGAUCCCUCCCCCUCAUCUGAAGUCCCCUUCGACGACGACUCAUAUGACCCCGACACUCAACUGUUCCUCCCCGAUGAUAAUCUGCCAACGAUCGAAGAGCUCAAGAACCCGAAGAAUCAGGAGCGGCUAGAAUGGCACUCUAUGCUGGCAUCUGUGCUCAAGGGUGAUGUGGUCAGGCAGGAAAAACAGCGGUUGAUUGAUUCCACAGAAUCGAAGCGAUCGGCUGCUCUGGGCCAUGCCCUGUGGAUUGGCGUGCGUGCCAGGACGUGUGGUCGAAGCAUCGCCCUGCAGCGAAAAUUGAUCGAUGAUUCUCGUGCUCAGCUCGGGCCCCUCAUUGAAGAGAUUAUCAACUUCCAAAUCAAAGGUGAGACAGAAAUUGGUAAGCCGCCGAGGAAGCAGGUCGAGGAUGUGGUUGCCAAAGUCGAGAAAUGCGAAGUUCUCUAUUCCACCUCGAAGGAAAUGGAAGCUGCAAACCCUCGCACGGCUUCGGAGGAGUUCUACUCUAGCCGUGCAGCCAUCUUCGCCUGGCACAAUAUCACAGCCUUGAUCAACACCGAGCUGGCUGUCUUGCAAAGCUGGGUGGGCAACGAUGCCCUCGACUUUAGCCAACCAAGAACGAUAUACGAGCAUAGUGAACUGUCGGAAGAUUCGUCAUUCCUGGAUCGCAUCAUGAAGGAGGAUGGCUUGAAGACUCUUCAGGGAGAUCACACGUUCGCGGCCCGGCAUCUGCCGCCGUAUAUUGAAGAACUGUUGACGCUGAUCAAUUUCCCCUCACGUUUGAUCCAAGAAAUCAUUCGAGUGCGAUUGUCGUACGCGAAGAACAUGAAGGAUCCGGCCCAGCAGUCUCCCAUUCUGGUGGAUCAGAUGAUCUCCCAGUUUCAGAUUCUGAUGCGAGUGGCCACGCAGAUCAAGCAACGGUACUUGGAAAUUUCACGCCCCGAGCCAGGCUGGGAUCUGCCUCCUUGUGUUGAUGAGAAUUUUGAUUCGGUGGUUCUGGAUGCUAUGAAAUACUACUUCCGAAUCCUGAACUGGAAGUUGAAUGCAAACAAAAAUACCUUCAAAGAGGCGGAAAUCCUGGAGCAAGAGUGGGAGUUCUCUUAUGUCAUGGUCGCCAGAUCGAAAAUGGUGACAUUGAAGUUGCCGAACAAUUCAGGUAUUGCUUUAACCGCCAAGUCACUCCAGCGACUCAUGAUUCACUUUGAGCGUGAGCUUGUUCCUAGAGCAAAUGAGAGUGUUGCCGACAUGGAUAAACGCUACAAAAGUAUUCUGGACUCGACACGUAUUCGUCAACGCAAGCUGUAUCGAUUCUCAAAGUUCUUGUGUCAAUUGUUUGAAAAUGCUACCGAAUACAACCUCACAACGGACAUUGCAUAUGAAUUCUUUGAAGCGCUUCUCGUCUCCGAUCACUUCCUUGUCACGUCACCCACCUCCGUCGGUCAGAAGGGUGUUUACCUCAUUGCUCAUCAUUCCUUGUGGAAUCGACCAGCUGACAUCCAAGCUAUCCUGGCCACCUCCUUCCGUGAAGACGAGUCCACCAAGGACGGCCCACACAUCCCAUACGUCCUCGUCAUUCGGCCCGAGAAGCCCAUCGCGUGGGCUGGUAAGGAGAUGAAGGUUGACUUCCUAGAGCAGCCUACUGAUGUUCGUCUGGGCAAGCUCCGUCUUGUCGUUGAAGGCAUGCAGGAACGCCUGCAGAAUGCUAGGAUGGAGCUGGCUCAACUGACUGGGAUCCAAUUGGACAUGGCUAUUGAGCAACGCGCUAACCUGGGCCGGGUCAAUGUGGAGCUGAACAAGAUCAAGAAGAUAUCUUUCAAGCUUUCCAUGGCCAUCAUGGAUAGUGUGGCUGUCAUCAAGGAUCAGCUUCGGGAAAAGACCUGGGAAAACAACGAUCUGAUCCAGGCCUGCUACGCAUUUGCUACCGAGUUUGGUAAACGCUCAAGCAAUUAUGUCGAUGCCAACCGACGGGCGAUGAACAGUGCUCGUCUGGUGGAAUUAUCGCUGGAUUGGGUCUCCUUCAUCUGCGAUGAGUGCGACGCCGCGGACCGAAAGACCUUCAAGUGGGCAGUAGCGGCGCUUGAAUUCGCCAUGGCAAUUACUACGAGUCGGCAUUUACUUUCGAUGUACGAGGAGGAGUUCAGCCGCCUGCGUUCCAAGGUCGCGGGGUGCAUGUCUCUGCUCAUCUCCCACUUCGAUAUUAUGGGUGCUCGGUCGUCUCUCGCGGCGCAGGCGGAGAAACAACGUAUCGAAGAGCGUGCUGGCCACCGCAAGGUUGGCGCUGGACGUAUCCUGAGUGACGAGGAGGCUUCGAAGCUUGUGCGCGAACAAUGGCUUGCUCGUUUGACGGAAAUUGAAGACCGAAGACAGGAGACCAAACGUCAAGCACUCGGUAGGGUCCUCGAGGGCUCUGACGAAGCCGACCGGUCGCUGACAGUGCUGUCAUCUUCUGCCACCAAUGUCACUCUGCGUUGGCAGCAAGGCCAGUUCAUCGGUGGCGGCACAUUCGGCUCCGUUUAUGUGGCUAUCAACCUCGACAGCAAUUAUCUGAUGGCUGUCAAGGAGAUUCGUUUGCAGGAUCCUCAGCUGAUCCCCAAGAUUGCGCAGCAAAUCCGUGACGAAAUGGGUGUUCUGGAAGUCUUGGAUCAUCCCAACAUUGUGUCUUACCAUGGUAUCGAGGUUCACCGCGACAAGGUUUACAUCUUCAUGGAGUACUGUUCAGGAGGCUCUCUCGCAAGUCUGCUGGAACACGGCCGCAUUGAAGAUGAAACCGUCAUCAUGGUGUACGCACUGCAACUUCUUGAGGGUCUGGCAUACCUGCACCAGGCAGGCAUCGUGCAUCGGGAUAUCAAACCCGAAAACAUCCUGCUGGACCACAACGGCAUCAUCAAAUAUGUGGACUUUGGUGCCGCCAAAAUAAUCGCUCGUACCGGCCGUACAGUAGCACCGGUGGACGGACCAAGCGGUGGCAUGCUCGCCAAGGACAACCAGAUGACCAACCAGAUGGCCAGCCAGCGAGGCAAGAACCAGAAAACGACCACAGGUACCCCGAUGUACAUGUCUCCGGAAGUCAUCCGUGGCGAUACCUCGGACCUCGUCAAUCGACAAGGGGCCGUUGACAUCUGGUCACUGGGAUGUGUCAUUCUUGAAAUGGCAACCGGUCGCCGUCCCUGGUCUACCCUCGACAAUGAGUGGGCGAUUAUGUAUAACAUCGCCCAAGGUAACACGCCGGCUCUACCUACGCAGGAUCAACUCAGCGACAUUGGCAUUGACUUUGUGCGUCGCUGCUUCGAGUGCGAUCCUCUGCAACGACCCACUGCCGCUGAGUUGCUUCAGCACGAGUGGAUCGUCUCCAUUCGCCAGCAGGUCGUCGUGGAACCUCCGACUCCCGGUAGUGAAGCUGGCUACAGCAGCUCCACUAGCUCUAUGAGUCGUCAAAGCUCGACCUACGCGUGA